AGAGAAGAAGACUCUUCUCUCCUGACCAUGCUCCUGACCUAAUAUUUAUAGUCGAUGCUCCUGACCGACCGGUUUAUACAAACCCUUUUUGUCUGCUAUGAACUGCGCUUAGAAACGGGAAUUUUACGUGAUUCUCACCUGGUCUACAGUACCCUCAGCAUCAACUCCUCAUCCCCAAAUUUCUCAUAUUUUUUGAGUUUCCUUAUCAAUCUCUUGUCCUCUGCACAAACCAUGGGACCUGAUAAAAGACCCAGUCGGGAUGAACGUAGUGGAAGAUAUGUUUCAGAUAGGAGGAGAGAUGAUCCAGAAUGGCAUCAGAGACGAGGUAAAGAUAUGGAGAGAUGUGAUCGACGUUGGAGUGAUGAGAGGGAAAGAGAGUGCUGGGAUAGCCCAGAGCAUGCCGAUUCUGUUUUUCUGCAACAGAGGGGAAGAAAACGGCGAAAUAGUGACCUCUCUGAUGAUGAAUAUGACGCAGAUUAUCCAGAUCAGGACAACAAUAUGGAGCAGGAGGAGGAGAGCAAGACUAUAAUGCUGAGGGGACUCUCUCUUCAUGUCACAGAGGAAGACAUCCGCUCAGCCCUCGAACUGCUGCAGGGGCCCCAGCCUGUGGACAUUCGCUUGAUGAAGAAAAGCACAGGUAUAAGCCGAGGUUUCGCCUUCGUGGAGUUUUAUCACUUGCAAGAUUCUACCCGAUGGAUGGAGACCAAUCAGGAUAAGUUGGUGAUCCAAGGGAAAAGCAUUGCGUUGCACUACAGCAACAGGAGACAGAAGUUUGAAAACUGGCUUUGCAACGCAUGUGGCCUCUACAAUUUCCGGAAGAGGUUAAAGUGUUUCAGGUGUGGAGCAGCCAAAAUUGAUGGGGAGUUCCUGGGACAGAGCGGUUUUAACGCUGACGCUCAACGUCCGGGAGAUUACAGCGGAGACACAAUGAUUUUAAGGAACAUCAGUCCUCUUUCUACUGUUGAUGGAAUUUUGAGCAUAUUGGACCCCUACGCAAACCUGUCAGUGGGAAACAUCCGCCUCAUCAAAGACAAGCAAACGGGACAGAAUAGAGGCUUUGCCUUUGUUCAGCUCUCAUCCCCCUUGGAGGCUUCUCAACUGCUCAGGAUUCUCCAGAGCCUUCAGCCACCUCUAAAACUGGACGGAAAAACAAUUGGUGUGGAUUAUGCCAAGAGCGCUAGGAAAGACUCCGCCCAGCCUGAUGGGACCAGAGCGAACGCCCUGUCUGUGGCCAGUACCGCCAUUGCUGCUGCUCAGUGGUCAUGCAGUCAGUUACAGAGAGGAUCAGGUUUCACAUCUGACUAUGUUCCCCACCAAGAGGGCUACACGCAGCAAACACAGACUCAUCAAGUGUGGCAGCAGCAGCCUGAAGCUCCAGUCAUUGGAGAUGGAUUACUUGGAGCUGCUCCAGGAAUGAAGACACUGAUCCCUGUGGGGACAGGCGUGGUCAUCUCCCAGACGGCACAAACGUAUCAACCUGUUAUUAUCAACCAUCCUGCCAUACAGUCUCAUCCAGCAGUGACGCCUGUUCAUGCAGCACAGCAGGCUGCCAGGGUUUUUACUUCUUCUUUGGUGACAUCAGCCGCUUCCAGUUCAGCGGCCACAAUCAGUGCUGUUCCGACUGCUAACACAGCAGUAGCCCCUGACACCUCCACAUACCAGUAUGACGAGUCUUCAGGUUACUAUUACGAUCCACAGACCCGCCUGUACUAUGAUCCUAAUAGUCAAUACUACUACAACUCGGAGACUCAGCAGUACCUCUACUGGGACGGUGAGAAGCAGAAUUACAUCCCUGCAACUCAAUCAGACUCGAGCGCAGAACAAGCUAACAUAGCAGCUAGUUCUUCAACCACAGUCACUCCAAACAGUAAGGAGUGCAAAGAGAAAAAAGACAAGCCAAAAAGCAAGUCUGCACAGCAGAUUGCAAAGGACAUGGAGCGCUGGGCAAAAAGCUUCAAUAAGCAAAAAGAGAGUUACAAAGGCGGUGGACCAUCCAGAGAGGAGGAGAGGAAAGAGUCUGCAGCUGCUGAUGCAGGUUUCCUUGUGUUUGAGAAGAAGCAAAUGGGAGGCUUUGAGAUGCCACCCCUCAUGACUGAACAAUUCAAAAUGGUGGAGCAGGAGAGUUUCGCUAAGAGUGGUGACUUUGCUGCUCACAAUGGAGACAGUGUGACAGAGGAGAGCAGCUCAGAUAGAGCAGAGGAUGAGGAUGGAAAAAUAACAGACUGGAAGAAGAUGGUUUGUCUGCUGUGUCGUCGGCAGUUCCCCACCAAAGAGACUCUGCUGCGUCACCAGCAGCUCUCUGACCUCCACAAGCAAAACUUGGAGACCCAGAGAAGAUCCCAACUCACAGAAGCUGAGCUCGAGGAGUUGGAGAGGACGGAAACUGAGCUGAAGUACAGAGACAGAGCUGCAGAAAGAAGGGAAAAGUACGGUAUUCCUGAACCGUCCGCACCUAAAAAGAAAUGUUACAAACCACUAACCCCAACAGUAAAGUACGAGCAGCCCACCAAAGACGGCCUUACAAGUGAUAAUAUCGGCAACAAAAUGUUGCAAGCAAUGGGCUGGCAGGAGGGCAAAGGUCUGGGGCGCCACCAGCAGGGCAUCACCACUCCCAUCGCGGCUUCAUUAAGGACUAAGGGCACCGGCCUGGGUAUUAAAGGAAGCUCAUAUGAACUGUCAGCAUCUGACACCUACAAGGAUGCUGUUCGUAAGGCCAUGUUUGCACGCUUCACUGAGAUAGAGUGAACACACCAAGUUAUUUGUUUCUGUUCAGACUUAAAAACUGAAAUGUCAAUGUUUUUUGGCGUAUAUAAUUGGUUUUGAUCUUAUUGCUGGACAUUUUAUUAUCUGUUCUCAGUUGAAUGAACAUGUAAAUCUUGUACAGUUUUUUUUUGUAUAUAAAUAAUGUGGACCAGCUGAGGUUUUGUUUCUGUGAAAAACAAAAGAAACAAAGUGAAAAUUAAAUCUGUGCUCACAAAAUA